AAAUUCCUGAAACCCAAGAGUGGCGCACCCCGGGUACCAGAAACCUGAGUUACAGUCGCCAACUCAAGCUUUUUUCUCCGUCGCACGCACGUACCACCACCGCGCCACGAUUCCGAGUCGCACCGGCAGCGUCGCUCCUACUCUCCGACGGUUAUCUUCGUAUCUCUGUUUGACAGAUAAUUUGGUGGCCUUAACUUGAAAGGACAGAAAUUAGUGAUAGAGAGGAACUUGAACUAAGCUCCAAUGGUGGCCAAGGACCAAACAUCCAAAAAGAGGAAGCAUAACUCAGGUUCCAAAGCCAAACCGAGUAUCUCCAAGAAGUCAAAGCUUGGCUUCUCAAAACCUCCCAAUCCUCAAUUGCAACAGCAACAGCAUCAACAUAAACAAAGACAACCUCUUAAAUCAAAAUUUCAGAAAUCAGAAGCUUCACAAGAAAAGGUGCCCAAAACAAAGAGAGAGCAACGUCUCCAUGCCAAGGAACUUGCAGAAGCUAGAAAGAAGAAGAGGAAGCCGCAUUACACUCUGGAACAAGAGCUUGCAUCUCUAUGGGAAAAGAUGAGGCGUCGCAAUAUUGCUAAAGAAGAUAGAUCCAAGCUGAUAACUGAAGCUCUAGGAAAGAUGAGAGGGAAGAUUCCAGAAAUUGCUAGUUCACAUGUCUCAUCACGUGUCCUGCAGACUUGUGUCAAACACUGUUCACAAGCUGAAAAGGAUGCUGUAUUUGGGGAACUUCAGCCACAUCUUCUAAACCUUGCACGCAACACUUAUGCUGUUCAUCUUGUGAAAAAGAUGUUGGAUAGUGCUUCUAAGAAGCAGCUAGGAGGAUUUAUUUCCUCUCUACAUGGACAUGUUGCUUCUCUUCUUCGACACAUGGUUGGAUCGGUUGUAGUCGAGCAUGCAUACCAGCUGGGAAAUGCUGCUCAAAAACAAGAGCUUCUGAUGGAAUUAUAUUCUACUGAGCUUCAGUUGUUUAAGGACCUUGUCUCAAUGAAAGAAAGCAGGUUGGUAGAUGUGAUUUCAAAACUAGGCCUACAAAAGACUGCAGUCUCACGGCACAUGAUUCUGGUGAUUCAACCACUUCUUGAGAAAGGAAUAGUUGAUCACUCUAUCAUACACAGACUGUUAAUCGAGUACCUUAGCAUAGCUGAUCAGUCCUCUGCUAGAGAUGUGAUUCAACAGCUCUCGGGCCCACUUCUUGUUCGUAUGAUCCAUACUCGGGAUGGAUGUAGGCUUGGAAUGCUAUGCAUUAAGCAUGGGAGCACUAAGGAAAGAAAGAAAAUUAUCAAAGGAAUGAAAGGGCACAUAGGCAAGAUAGCACAUGAUCAUUGCGGGAGUAUGGUUCUUGUUAGCAUUGUUUCUAUAGUUGAUGACACAAAACUGACAACGAAGAUUGUCAUUUCCGAGAUUCAAGAAAAUUUGAAGGAGCUUGUUUUGGACAAGAGUGGAAAGCGAUCUUUACUGCAGCUUCUUCAUCCAAAUUGUUCACGCUAUUUCAGUCCUGAUGAUCUGGCUUCUCUUGAAUUAUCUGUUCCUUCUCUCUCUCCUGGGGAUAAGUCAGGAAUAAACUCUGAAGCAGGUUUAAAGGAUGAAGAAACUAGCGAUAAGGUAGUCAAAAGUGAGGAAGAAUUAACAACCACCAAUGACAAUCAAAGUUUAAGCUCAAAGGAGAAUCUGCCCGGUGGGAAAAAAGAUCCAUUUUUAAGAAGGCAGGAGUUGUUAAUCAAAAGUGGGCUUGCAGAGAAUGUCAUCAAUAUUUGUGUUGAGGGCGCUGGAGAAUUGCUUAAAUCAAAUUUUGGCAAAGAAGUAAUAUACGAGGUUGCAAGGGGGGGUUCUGAUGGAAUUCUUCGGCCAACUUUGGAUGACAAGUUGACAAGCUUACAUGAAGCCAUAGCAUCUCUUGCUGAAAAGUCUAAAUAUGAAGAGGCAGAGGAGGAGCAUGUCCUCGAAAAUUUCCAUUCCAGUCGCACCAUAAGAAAAUUAAUCUUGGAUUGCCCUGCAUUUGCUGCAACUUUAUGGAAGAAUGCUUUGAAAGGGAAGUGUAAAUCAUGGGCCUCAGGUCACAGUUCCAAGGUAAUCUGUGCAUUCUUGGAAUCCCAGCAUUCUGAAGUUCGUGACAUGGCACAAGGAGAGUUGCAGGUGUUAAUUGAUGCUGGUCUCCUCAAAGUCCCCGAAACCAAGCAACCGGCAAAAGAAGACUAAAGUCACGUAAAUCUGUCACCAGAGUGUGCGGCAGAUUCCUGAUCAUAUCGUCUUAUAGGCGAUAUAACGUUGCAAAUUAGCCCAAAUGGUUCGGAGGAUAAUGAAAGAUAAGUAGUUGAAUUUAGUCAAAUCUUCUGUUCUUUCCUUUUCUUCCUCAGAGGUGUCCCGUAGAGAUACUGAUAAAAGCUAGAAUCACACUUUUUGUCCGUAUGCACCAUGAAUACACUCGAAUGACAGCCAACAAAAAAUUUUGUUUUCUGCUUCUAAGUUGGAAUUUUGCAAUUGGGUUCUUUUUCUGAAUCUUAUAUAUUAUAAUUAAUAUAGUUGAGUGUGUGUACAUUGUUUUAUAGCAAUCAAAACCUGGUCGGCUGAAUAGAUUUCUGGUAGAAGUAUAAUGUAAUAGCUAUUGUGUUGGACACUUUUAUUACA